AUGAAUUCUGACGGUGGACUAUCCAGAAAGCCCGACGAUAAGCGCAAGAGGAAGCGGAAGAAGAAGAAAAAGCUGGCGCCCCCGCCGACGCCCGUGGCGGAACUGAUGACCACCGAUCGCAGUCCUCUGAAACGGCUAACCAAAACGGUUCUGCCCCGUCGACAGACGUUGAUGAGAUACAAACACAGCGACGAAGACCUCGGCGAAUCUCCUAUCAAAGCGGCCAAGCUGAAAUUGCGGAAACCGCUGGUGGACAACUCAGCAACUCCGGCAACCACUACUCCUACCGAUCUUGCGGGGGCUCAACCGGUGGUCAAUUUGAACAUGGAAGAGAAAGUGACGUUGUUCCGCUAUAAGUCAUCGAAGAUUCUUGUAUUUGACGAUCUGCCUGAUGAUGUUAAACAGUCACUGGGGCGGCUCCUCGGCCACGGGGCGAUUGAGAUUUUCCAACUUCAUAAUGGUGAUGUGACGUACUUAUCGUGUGGACCAUCGCUCAUUUAUCCUCUUCUUCCUAAGCUAAAAGUGCUUCGAAUUGCAUUCAACCAAUUCAUCGUGCCGUUGGCUUACCCCGAACGUUAUUGGAAAAUAUUCAUCAAUUCUGAAGAGCCUAACGUGGUACAAGUUUUGGAGAACACUUUUGAGUCGGUGGUGAAGUACCGUAAUCUCUGGAAGCAGGAUCCUGAAUAUGUCGACAUCAACAAACAACCAGCAGAACUCAAAGAAUUACUGGUGGAUGGCGACAUUCCCCAAUUCGAAAUUGCUCUGGAGCUUCCGCCAUCACCGCCACUGGCACCGCUUUCUCCGCAUCAGUUUAGUCCCGAAUGGGGGAUUCAACGAAAAGUGAGCGAUCAGUCAAUCAGUACUGCUAUGGCGUGCUUGGAAAUGCUGAAGCCAACCAUACAACAACCCGUUCCCACAAGGACUAAUCCGGUCUUGAAGCCGGUUCCACAGAGAACAACGGCGAAUAACACCGGCUACAUGACAUUUCAUCAGCAGCAGAAUUAUGGUUUUAUCAACAGCCGCAAUAGUGGUACUUCUCGACAACGUGAUGAUGAUGCGAAGCUGGACUCAUCUAUGGACUCAUUGCUUGAUGAGUAUGAAGAAAGCAUUUGUCAACUGAGACUGAUGGCGCCUCUGAUAGCUCUGAGAAGAAAUCUGAGACGUAAUUCGAUUGCGCUGAAACGUGGGCUGAUGUAUCGCCAGCGUAUUCCGAUUGAUGAGCAUUUCCCUACUACGUCACUUCUGGAAUACAAUCGUAUACAUAACACUCGGGGUCUGCGUCAAUCACUGUGCAGUGAAUACCACCCCCCACGUGACGAUUGGGACUAUAACCAGAGGCUCCCCAAAUCUCGGUCUAACUACAGUAUGAACUCCACCAACAGCGAUCUCAACUCCACCUACCGUUACAUCUAUAAGUCGAUUGCUCAACGCAAUAUGCGGGCAUAUCCAGGAGAGGACAUAGCAGCCCGUAAGCUACCAACGGUGCCCCCGACACCUCCGAUCCCCAAGCAAUAUCUCGAUACAGGCUCAGUCCUGAGUGCUGGUCGCAGACAUAUCGAGUUUGUUCCCAACAAUUCUCUGUCGCAACGCAACCACAACUUAGACUCCUCAGAGAUCUACACUCUACUCAGCACCUCUGGGAAGCGCGGGCAGCACCCAGUGGAGGCCAAAGCAUCUAAAAGCUUCACCCAAAGAUUAUUCGGCUGGUAA